AUUCUCCAGGAAACAACAAAUUUUCCCACACACAACCAGAGAAAAAAUUCGCACAAACAAAACGACAUGUCUCUCACGACAGUUCUCACCGUCUUCCUCCUCCUCCUCCUAUCACCGCUCGCCAUGUCCUCCCGGGCAACCAUCACCGACGAAGUAACGUCGGCGUACGAAGCUCUCGAGGAAUUCAACUUCCCCAUGGGUCUCCUCCCCAAGGGUGCCGUGGGCUACGACCUGGAUCGAACCACAGGCAAAUUCCGCGCCUUUCUCAACGGUUCGUGCAGUUUCUCUCUCGAGGGCUCGUACCAGUUGAGUUACAAGUCCACCAUCAGCGGCUAUAUUUCCAAGAAUAGGCUCACCAGCCUGACUGGUGUCAGCGUCAAGGUCUUGUUCCUGUGGCUGAACAUCGUGGAGGUGGUGAGGAGCGGGGACGAGAUUGAGCUCUCUGUGGGGAUUGCCUCGGCGUCGUUUCCUCUUGAUAAUUUCUUCGAGUGCCCGCAGUGUGGGUGCGGGUUGGAUUGCAAUAAUGGGCAAGUAAGGAAAUUUAAAUUGAACCCUUUUGUUUCUUCUUCUUAAGGAGAUGUUUGGAACCGCAAAAGGAUGUUCUUUGUGGGAUUUGGAUGGUGGGUUUUGGUUCAAAUGAGAUUAAUUGAAAUGGAUUUCCCUUAUUAUUGCAAAUAAUGAAUUUGGAGGUGUAUUUUAGUU